GACGGCUUAUAAACACCGGGGCCGGCCGGGCUGGAACCUCGGCAGCGGACGGGAGCGACCCAGGAUUUUAUCUCAUAUAGAUGUGAAGCUCCUAAACCAGAAACUCUAAGGGGACCCAAGGAGAUGAGGUUUUUAGCCAGGCUGUCACAGGAACAGAUACUCCUAACACGUGAAAGCCAGGAUCUGGGACACCCACAAGGGCUGCUUGGCUGAGGACAACAGGAUCAGGACUCUCCCCGCCGGGGACGUCACCGAUGGACUGUGGACACCUAGCAGAGAGCAGCGAGGAGAUCUCCAGCGCGGGCGCGGAGCCCGAUGCCCUGGGGCCUUCCCGUGCCGGCAGCAGCCCCUGCCUGCCCCUGGCGGCCGCGCCGCGGGCCGGGGCCGCUCCGGGCCGCCCCGCCGCCGCCAACGCGGCCCGGGAGCGCAGCCGGGUGCAGACCCUGCGCCACGCCUUCCUGGAGCUGCAGAAGACCCUGCCCUCGGUGCCGCCCGACACCAAGCUCUCCAAGCUGGAUGUGCUCCUCCUGGCCACCACCUACAUCGCACACCUCACCCGCAGCCUGCAGGACGAGGAGGAGUCACCGGGAGAGGGCCUGGGCACCCUCCGUGGGGAGGGAUACCUCCACCCUGUCAAGAAGUGGCCCAUGCGUUCCAGGCUGUACAUUGGAGCCACGGGACAGUUUCUGACCCACUCGGCACAAGGAGACAGUGCAAACCACGGGGAAACAUCAGCAUCUUCACAGAUCUAACCUCCCUUCUUGCUUUUAAAAAAUGGUUAUUUAUUACACCUUAUAUAUAUAUUUUUAAGUUAAAAACCAGUAUCUACAGACAAACUAUAAUUCCUGAAAUGCUGUUUGUAGAGGAGAAGGAAUUGAUUCUUAAAUGUAAUUAAUACCUCAUUAAGUUAAUGUGACACAUCAUUGGUUUCCAUCAUUGCUGCGAUCUGAACGAGAGGGAGUGGGAGGUGGUGGCUGAAGCCAGCACCCAUCCCAGCAGCAGCAGCAAAGAGCUGCCAGCAGAACUAAAUACCCCUGUGCCCUCUGGGACAAGCGCUGUGAGAAGAGAGACCAGGAGUGAUGAGCUAAUGGCCAAGUACAGGGCAAAACAGGCUUGGGUGAGAAGGGCGAGGCUAAAAAUAGCAACUGUAAUCUCACCUAGACUUUCUCCAGUGCUUAAAGCCCACGGCAGAAAUCCCCUGAGCGCGGCUGUCAGGUCAGGCCCCACCCCUCGCAUAGCCCUACCCGUUUGUAGCUGUUGCUGGGAAUGUGGCUGCAUGUUCAUGGAGUACAAACGCACUGAGACCUGUCCCUCCUGCACAGUGCUGGAAUUCGGGCACUGCUCGUAUCCCCCACGGGACUGUGCUGCCUGCCAGGGGCUCAGCCUGUGUCUGCUGUCCGGCACAGCCACGUGUCCCCUCACCACACCUCACUCCUCUCAUUGCAGGGGGUCACAUGGUGGAGCAGGUGAACCCCAAGAGUUGGCUGGUUUGUAGCACACUUGUUCACUUCAACAUCUGUGUUUAGGCAAGAAGGGCUGAAACAAAAUGCACAAAUGUCAUCUGUUGUAUCUGUUCUGUAAAACACUGUACUUCUCAUAUGGUUUGUUAUUGCUGAGGUAAAUGUUUUAUUAAAUAUUAUUCUGUGAAUAUUA